AUUCUAUCGUUUCCGUUUCAUGUUUCUCCAAGAAAACAAGGAUUUUUUUUGCUGAGACAUUUUCCUGACCCUCAAAUGAAAAACAGAGAAAACGAAAUUUGUAAAUGUCGGCCAAAUAAUAAAUGCAAAAUAAAGGCGGUGGGGGUUUUUGCCUAACAAGGACAAUGAAGGUUAGGUUUCAAUUAUGAAUACCAUUGAUGUGUUCAUUGUUGUGUCAAAAUCUCUAUGUAAUAAGUGGACCAGUGAUGAGACAGCAAUCAAAAUGGCCGAACAAUUAGGCGAUAAACAACAGCACUUUGUGUUGGUUCAUGGUGCAUGCCAUGGCGCAUGGUGCUGGUACAAAGUCAUGACGAAGCUGAGAUCGGAUGGCCACCGCGUAACUGCCCUCGACAUGGCGGCUGCUGGAGCUAAUCCUAAACGUGUGGAAGAGCUGACGUCCAUCUCUGAUUACUACCAGCCGCUGAUGGAGUUCAUGAUGGCUUUGGCCACGGAUGAGAAGGUGGUUCUUGUAGGCCACAGCAUGGGCGGAAUUUGCAUAUCACUUGCCAUGGAGAAGUUCCCAGAGAAAAUUGCUCUUGCUGUUUUUGCCACAGCUUUCAUGCCCGGUCCUGACUUCCCUGUCUCAACUGUUGUUGACGAGGUAAACAGGGAAAUCCACAGUACCAGAGACACAUUUGCCAACGGAGACGACAAACCUCCAACCUCCCUUCUCUUUGGUCCCAAGUACAUGGCCUCACAAUUAUAUCAACUUUCUCCUCCAGAGGAUUUGAGUCUUGCAACCUUGUUGGUGAGACCAGUAGGCUUAUUUGCUGAAUUGUAUUCGUCGACGGAAUUAGUUGCUGUGUCGAAAGAGAAGUACGGUUUGGUUCGACGUGCUUAUGUGGUGUGCGGACGAGAUAAUGUACUAAAGCAGGGUUUUCAGGAGUGGAUGAUUGAGAAUAGUCCAACCGAUGAGGUGGAGGUGAUCUCCAGUGCAGAUCACAUGGUUAUGUUUUCUAAAGCUCAAGAAUUAUGUGCCUGCUUGCUAGAUUUAGCCGUCAAAUAUUGUUGAAUGUUUGUUGAUUAAUAUAGUACCUCAGUUGAGAUCGAUGGGCUCGUUAUGAAUACUUGUUAUUGGUAUUGUUAUUA